GUGUUUAGUAGAAAGUGAACUCUUACACAAGGCGGACACAGCGAAACGUGACGCGCGCGUAUUCAAUAUAUGAACGGUGCAUGCCCAAAAGCAAGCUACAGUUAAAGAUACCGUUGCUCUAGCACCCGUUUAUGCGUGCGAUUGUGCGUGUGUGUGACUGCGGUGCCAGUGCUGCUUACACAGCUGCUAAUAUGUGGAGUGGAAUCAGUCAAGUACUAUGAACUUAAUUUAAUUUGCGAGCUAAACGAAUGCAUAAAUAACUGUGAACUGAUAACGGAAAGUGUUUAGAAAGUGCAAGUGUACAUCGAUACUCCCCCCAGUAGCACCCAUAAAAAAGAUAAUUUCAAGACUUUUUGAAUCUAAAAUUGUGAACAUAAAGAACCAUUUCCCAUAGACAAAUUAAGUUGAGUGAAAAAAUUAUGUGAGGACUUUAAAAAAUCAGAGAGAAGAGAGCAGCCAGAGCACAGCGCAAGAGAAUUUUAAAAACCAUAUCAAUUACAGUUGACACAACGCGAGACCACUUCAAGCAAUUACAACCAAAGGCAGCGACUGCGACUGCGACUGCGACUGCGACAGCGACUGCGUCUGCGUAUGCGUUUAGCACUGGCAAAGGCAAAACAAUGAGAAUCAUUUUACGUAGCAUACGUCGCGGGAAUUUAGCGACUUCCUCAACGAGCCGACGCCCCCGCAAAAUGAAUUGUUCCAUUUUGAUUGUAAUUAGCCUGGCAUGGUUGCUACACGCGCAUUGCUAUGCCGAUGCUGCCAUUUCGAAUCGAGGUAACAACGGCGCCCAGCCCCUUGCGGCCUCCUCCACCUCGUUGACUGCGGCGCAGCCACGCUUCCUCUCGCGCGGCCACACCUACCGCGCUGUCGUGGGCGACACUCUGGUGCUGCCCUGCCAGGUCGAGAAUCUGGGCAAUUUCGUGUUGUUGUGGCGCCGCGGCACAAAUGUGCUCACCGCCUCGAACAUUAUGGUGACACGGGAUGAGCGCGUGAGACUGAUAGAUGGCUAUAAUCUAGAGAUAUCCGAUUUGGAGCCACAAGACGCUGGCGACUACGUCUGCCAAAUCAGUGACAAAAUCAAUCGGGAUCAAGUGCACACGGUCGAAAUUUUGGUGCCUCCCAGCGUGCGCGCCAUACCCACAUCUGGCCAAUUGCAGGCGCGCAAGGGCGGCCCCAUUACGCUGGAGUGCAAGGGCUCGGGCAAUCCGGUGCCAUCCAUUUACUGGACCAAGAAGAGCGGCACGGGUAAAUCGCCAGCCCGAAUCGGCGAUGGACCUAUCCUCACCUUGGACAAAUUGGAGCGCCAGCAGGCGGGCGUCUAUCAAUGCACCGCCGACAAUGGAGUCGGGGACCCGGUGACAGUCGAUAUGCGCCUGGAUGUUUUAUACCCACCCGAUAUUCAGGUGGAGAAAUCCUGGAUUCAUUCCGGCGAAGGAUUCGAGGCGAAGCUCGUUUGCAUUGUUUACGCGGAUCCAGUGGCCACGGUGUCCUGGUAUCAGAACUCAUUUCCCAUACAGACAACCGAUCGACGCAUCAUGAAUACAAGAGCCAAUCGACACACGCUGACCAUAAGGCACAUUCAGCAGGAGGACUUUGGCAACUACAGCUGUGUGGCUGACAAUUCUUUGGGACGCUCACGCAAAUAUAUGGAGCUCUCGGGACGGCCAGGCCCGGCCGAGUUCUAUUCGCCCAAGUGGGGUCGCUCGUCGGACAGCUACAAUUUGACAUGGAAAAUCGACAGUUAUCCGCCUCUGGAGGAGGUGCGCCUGCUCUAUCGGCGUGUGCUGAUGAACGACACGUUCCAGCAGCCAGGCAGAUGGCAUGACUUUAUACUAACACCCGAACAUCGUCCAGCCUCAGAGCCACUAACCCACAUCAUGUCGUACACCAUCAAGCAUUUGCAUCCAGGCGCCUACUAUGAAGCGAUUGUUCAGGCCAAGAACCGAUAUGGCUGGAAUGAGGUCAGCGAUAUAUUCCAAUUUAUUGUCGCCAGCAAUAGCAUGGACAUUGCGCCCGAGGAUGCGGAAGUUGUGGCCAGCUCGAAGUCGAGAAGCAACAGUGGGGCUCUGAGCAGUCUACAAAAUGCUCUGCCCCACUGCCUGCUGCAGCUUGGCGCUCUGCUGCUCGUCUUCGGCCUGCGGAAUAGCCAGUUCGAUAGACUGCGACUGGGCUUGGGGUAAGCAUGGACAUUCCACUGACUCUGCAUUGGCUAAGGCUUGCAUACAUAUUAAAGUUAAAUUAUAUUUAUUUGCUACUACUACGAACGCGUAGUAUAUGAUGGGCAACACUGCACAGG